AUGGCUGCCACUGCAGUUGCAUCGGAUGAUAGGCUUAUUUUUUGCCAUUUCAUGAUCGGCAUCGUGAGCAAUCGCCAAAGUCCUACCGAUUACGAUGACGACAUGAAACGUGCUCGGUCCCUAGGUAUUGAUGCAUUUGCAUUGAACAUUGGAACUGACCCGUACACCGAUACACAACUGGGAUAUGCGUACCAGUCAGCCGCGAAGAAUGACAUGAAAGUGUUUCUUUCUUUUGACUUCAACUGGUACAAUACGGGGCAGACAAGCGCCAUAGGGUCUAAGAUCAAGCAAUAUUCUGGUCUCCCCGCUCAGCUGAAGGUAGACAACAAGGUGUUUGUAUCUUCGUUUGCAGGUGACGGGGUUGAUGUCAAUGCCAUCAAAUCUGCAGCCGGAGAAGAUAUCUUCUUCGCGCCUAAUUUUCACCCUGGGGUGGGAGAUUUUAGUACUAUUCAAGGAGCCUUGAAUUGGAUGGCAUGGGACAAUAACGGUAACAACAAGGCCCCCUCCCCUGGUCACAAUGUUACAGUGAGCGACGGAGACAGGUCAUACAUCAAAGCCCUAUCCGGAAAGCCAUACAUUGCCCCUGUGUCGGCUUGGUUCUCAACGCAUUUUGGUGGUGAGGUGUCAUACAGCAAGAACUGGGUUUUCCCAUCAGAUCUACUAUGGUAUAACCGGUGGCGAGAGAUCUUGGCUUUGCGUCCUCGUUUUAUCGAGAUUAUCACCUGGAAUGACUACGGAGAGUCCCACUAUAUCGGGCCUCUCUCCUCGCCGCAUACUGACGACGGGUCCUCCAAAUGGGUCAUGGAUAUGCCCCACGACGGUUGGCUCGAGAUGUCGAGACCAUUCAUUGCUGCCUUGAAGGCAAAUGCUUCAUCAGCCGACGCCUUUGUCACUGAUGAAAAGUUGAUUUACUGGUAUCGACCAACACCAAAGAGUGUCAACUGCGAUGCGACGGAUACUACUAUGGAAGGCAAUCCUAAUAAUUCCAGCGGUAACUUCUUUCGCGGGAGGCCUAAUGGAGCUGACUCGAUGGAAGAUUCGGUUUUUGUGGUUUCUUUGCUGAAGUCUGCUGCAAGUCUGACCGUUCAGUCCGGAAAUAAGUCUCAAGAGAUCAAGGUGUCGACCGGAAUCAACGCAUAUUCAGUCCCGAUGGGCGUUGGGAAGCAGAAAUUCACACUGACUCGUGGAGACAAAACAAUUUUGUCUGGCACGAGUCUCAAAGAUAUCUCGGACACCUGUAUCUGCGGGAUAUAUAACUUCAAUGCGUAUGUGGGAGUGCUUCCAGAUGAGUCUGCGAUCGAUCAGCUUCAGCCAGCUGGGCUCGCCUUGAUCUCCCAGGGACUGAAAGUCGCAUGUCCGACCAAUACACUUAGCGCAAAAGCCAACAUUGCCACCGUCAGUGGGAGUCUUAGAGGUUCCAUGUGA